UCGUGUUACCGCGAUCUUGCUUCUCAUUUCUCUGAUCAAAUGACCCGCAGUAAACUCUCACCAACAUUUCGAUUUUUGCUAAACCGUCAUGGAUACUUUGUCUGCAUCCUCGAUUGGAAUAUAUGACUCCAUAUUUCGAACAGUAUUCACCAGUGAAGAAAUGCGCCUAAUCUUCACUGACCAAGCAUACUUUUCACGUUGUGUCCAAGUAGAGGUCGCCCUCGCAAAGGCCCAAUCCGUCCUCGGUGUCAUCCCUCACAGUGCGGGUGAAAUGAUUGAACGCGACUGUAUUGCUGAAAAGAUCGACUGGAAUCGUCUCCGAAAAGACACUGAGAUAGUCGGAUAUCCCAUCCUAGGACUUGUCAGGCAGCUAGAUAAUAUGUGCCUCGAGAGUGGAAGGUACCUACACUGGGGUGCUACCACACAAGAUAUCAUGGACACAGCCAGCGUCCUCCAAAUCAAAGCAGGCCUUGAAUUAAUCUUUGGGCAACUCAACAGAGUCCGAGAUAUCCUCGUGCGCCUCUCUUCCCGAUAUCGUGACACACCUAUGGCAGGUCGAACCCAUCUUCAACACGCCCUCCCGAUCACCUUUGGGUACAAAUGCGCCGUAUGGCUCUCCGCUCUCGAUCGGCAUGCUGAGCGUCUCGGGCAGCUCCGUCCGCGUGCGCUGUUCGUCCAAUUCGGUGGAGCUGUAGGUACUCUAGCGUCCCUCGGCACUAGCGACAUUGGCUUGAAAAUUCGCGCUAAACUGGCUGAAGAUCUGGGCCUUCACGAUCCUCCAAUUUCAUGGCACGUAGCUCGCGAUGGCAUCGCAGAGACGAUCUCCUUCCUGUCGAUCGUUGGAGGAACUCUUGGAAAAAUCGCGUAUGAUAUCCUCCUCCUCAGUUCUUCUGAAUUUGGAGAAGUUCAAGAACCAUUUGUUCCUCAUCGCGGGGCGUCAUCCACGAUGCCCCAGAAGCGAAAUAGUAUAUCAUCAGAGACGAUCCUCGCAUGUUCGAAGCUUCUCCGUUCGCACGCCGCAACAGCACAAGAUGCGAUGGUUUCCGACCUCGAACGUGCAUCGGGCCCUUGGCAUCUCGAAUGGAGCUGUGUCCCGGAGGCUUUUUGCCUUGCGAGCGGGGCCCUUCAUCAGACAGAAUUCGUGUUAGGCGGACUACACGUUGAUACAGAGCGCAUGGCCGAAAACCUCGACAUGUCGAAAGGUCUCAUUGUAGGCGAAGCGGUAAUGAUGGGGCUGGCACCAUAUUUUGGUCGCAAUACUGCCCAUGACAUCGUAUAUGAAGCUUGCACGGCGUGCAUUGAAUCUCGCAAACGACUGUCCGAACAGUUAAAAUCUAUGUCUCAUGUACGAAACAAACUUUCCGACGAGAAUAUCGACGAACUUUGCGAUCCGAAAAAUUAUCUGGGUGCAUGCACUAGGAUGGUUGACGACGUAUUGAAAGACAGGAAAUAAGGAGCCCUACUAAAUACA